AUGGAAGAUGUCAAAUGCAGGAUUGUAAGGAAAUAUCAUCUUCAUCUAAACUCACAUUGGUUUACAAUACCUCUCGCAAAGGCCAUAUUGGGUUUUCCAGUUCAUAAAGAUGAUGUGGUUGAUCCCAAUGAAAGCUCAAUGACAUAUCAGGAGCUUAGUUCAAUGGGAGUUGUGAACCUGGUUCCAAUAAAACGAACUGAGGAAUACCUUAUUCAGUUACCUUAUGUGUGGGUAUGUGCAAUUGUUGAAGACUCCAAAGACCCUGGGAUGAUGUAUUGGAAAUCCAUGUUAAAAUAUGAUGAGCCAAUGUAUUGGCAGAAUUUUGAAGAUUUUAAUGUCAAAUUCUGGGCAUUAUGUCUCAGUCUCUUUUGUUUAAUGGGAUAUGAGAAGAUUAAUUUGAAGACCCUUUGUAAGGGUGCAGAUUUCUCUCUUAGUUUUCCAGAUGUUGAAGUUGACUUACCUCAAGAAGAUAUCAAAUUGUACAAAUUACUACAUCAAUACCCAGUCACUAAAACUUAUGAGAAUAAUCAAGCAAAAUAUGUAGAUAUAAUGGAAGUAAGAAAUGGUUAUAUCAACCUUGAUUUAUUCAAGAAUGAUAAUAUCAGGAGUUAUAUUGGUUGUGUAUUUCUUAAUGUGUCUGGGGCUCCCUUUGAUGCCUUUGGAUUUCUUAAUAAAAGCUCUGAGCCUGCGGGUGAAAUUUGCAUAGCUCAACAAUCAAAAUCAACUACUACUUCUAAUGUUGUCAUCAACCAAGGCUUGUUCAAUAAUGUGUAUGAAAAGGUUACCAAAGCUAUGAAUGUUGAGAAGAAAGAUUGGGCUUUAUUAUUCUUAACAAAUGCAGAUAAGAAAAACCUGUCUAUAGAUGAUAAACCAAAUAGUGCUUUGGUAUCUGUGGAAAAUUUUCAAAAGUUUUAUGGAUAUACUUAUACAAGUCGGGCACAAUUUGCAUCAG